AUGGAUCUCGAUGAUGAGGAGCUCAAGCCAGGAGAAAUUUUUAAUCAGCCACUUGGCCAGUCGGAAUAUUCUCCAGUGGCUGCUGGAACUUCUCAUUCACUUAUCGACAGUGAUGAUGACCUCUACAACGACCUCAGCUCUUCCAACAAACCCUCAUUUUUGCAGCAUCGUGACCCUUCUUCCAUCCCCUCUUCAUUGCCACAAAUUUCAGGCACUGAUUCUCCAAGUUCGAUGACAUCACCACUGCUCCCUUUAAAUCCUCCCCUCGACUACCACACAUGUUCAACUCCAGGUCCUGCAGCUCCCCCAAGCAACAUCAAUCAGCCUCCGGAUAUCUCACUUGACUCUCCACCGAGAAAUUCUGCACUGGCUCGUUUAUGCACAUUUAUCGCACGGGAGUCUCCACCACAAGAUGUCGAUGACAAUAAUGGCUUUGGUCACAUGGACCUUCAGCCAGAGUCAUCUGGUAGUGAGAGCAUCAAGGGUGUGAUGAAAUCCUUGACAGUGCACUCUCAUAAAGCGAGUGGUAGUGCUCUGUGUGGUCGAAGCCCAGCCACCUCUACUCACCGCAGUGUGGGCCCAUCACCAUCUGGUUCUCGUUCAACAUCAGAGUCUCAUAAGCAGCUGCAUAAUAUUGGGGCAGAUGUUACAAAGAAGUUGGCUGAUGCCUCUGACUCCCUCCUACUCCAUGUGCAGAAUAAAUCGGAUGUCAAAGCCUCGAGCAAGCAGAUGAAGUUCGAAUAUGCUAGGUUUUCCAAGGAGUUGAAGGCUUGCGAGGCUCAUGCUGAGCGUAAACAUGACUCACAUCAGGUCAUGGCUAAUCUCAAUCAUGAACGUGCCAUAUCCGAAGACAAGACAAGGCAACUUGAGUUGGAAAUCUGA